AUGACCCAUUCAUCCUUCGACGGCCAACUUAACAGCUACUGGUCCUUUGCUCCUGUGAAUUGCCUGUUCUUGCGAUACCAUCUCCACCGUCAGCGGAUUGGCACUGCAACAGUUGCUGAGUCGACACUGAUCAAGCUCGCCAGCUCCCGAGCCUUUACCAAAUCCGAUCUAGGCCAACAGAGGCUGGCGCGUGCGCUACAGUACGGUGGGUAUCCUUCGCACGUCUGCCCUGUUAGGAUCCUUCAAUCAAUACCUAGCUAUCAGCCAGCAUCUGUUGGUCCAAAGGCCGACUCAAGUUUCAACGCGGCGCAACGCAGCUCGACAUUUUCGGCAACAGUUAUCGUCCUGCAGACUACUGCAGAGCAUCGGCCAUAUUGUUUGCCUGGUUGGCCGGAGUAG